AUGGCCCAAUCCGCUUUUCCUCAUCCCUCGGGUCUGUGUUUAAGCUUCAGUCACCUUUGCUUUGAGGACCAUGACCAGCCUUUUCCACCUCACCCUCCGGGUCUGUGUUCCAGCUUUGACCAGCUUCGCCUUGAGGAUCAUGACCCAUCAACGCAAACACAGUCAGAUGUUGACUCAACCACCACCUGCCAGUCUUUCUCGCCUCAACCCUCACCUCCGCGUUCGAGUUUGAAUGUACUCGAUCUUAGCCCUUCUGACCGGGGCCCCAUUGCUCCUUUUCGCCGCUUUCGCGGUCCCCUGAACAUCUACCCCGAAGAUAACGACCCAGCCAAGUGGACAGUUCUCGAGGUCAUUAAGUUUUUUUUUGCCGAGAUGAACCGGGUCCACUGGCCUAUAACAUCGCCUGUCCCGAUCUUGUGGUGCUAG